AUGCUACAGAUAAACAAAAGACCCUAUACCAGGCUGGCGCAAGUGGGCAAAGGAGGCAGCUCGAAAGUAUACAAGGUGCUUGCUUCGAAUUCCAGGAUUUUUGCGCUUAAGAAGGUGUCGUUUGAAAAAGCCGACCAAGCGACAAUCAGCGGCUACGUAAACGAGAUCAGAUUGUUGCAGCGACUGACGGGCAAUUCAAGGAUUGUUCGCUUGUGGGAUGCUGAGAUCGAUAACACCAAAGGAUCCUUGAGUUUGCUGAUGGAGUACGGCGAAAUCGACCUCGCGCACAUGCUAUUCAACCAGAGGGAGCAGGAGUUCGAUAUCCACUUUAUUGGACUUUACUGGCGACAGAUGCUGGAAGCAGUGCAAGUGAUCCACGAUGAAAAGAUUGUGCACUCGGACUUGAAGCCCGCCAACUUUCUCCUUGUGGAGGGAUCCCUAAAGCUCAUCGACUUUGGGAUCGCCAAUGCCAUCGCAAACGACACAACCAAUAUUCAACGAGAAGGACACCUGGGGACUGCCAACUACAUGGCACCAGAGGCCAUUGCAUCUAACCCAACAGGAGGGGGAUGUCGCAAGCUGGGCAGGGCAUCAGACGUAUGGUCACUGGGAUGCAUCCUCUACCAGAUGGUGUAUGGCAAGACACCGUUCUCGGAUAUUGUGAAUGUGUUUCAGAAAAUGAGCGUGAUCGCAAACCCAGACCAUCAGAUCGAAUUCCCAAGAACAACACCUUCGCCUUUACAGCCCAAGCAACAGCCAGGAAUGACAGCAGCAGGAACGGGUGAUGCUGGCACACUGAGGAACCCAACGAAGAUGGGAGGGACUAUGAAUCAGUCGACUCUCACGGGGACAGUAGAAACAGGCGCAGGAACACCAUCAGGGACCAAGACAUAUAAUAAUGAAGUGGCAGCAUCAGACACGCGUGGAACAGCUGUGGUGGACCCGCAAUUGAUCCGGAUUAUGAAAGGCUGCCUAGCGCGCCAGGCGAAGGAUCGUAUGACGAUACCAGCGUUGCUAGAGGAUUCGUUUUUGCACCCCAACAGACGGUAG